CUUACUGCAACUGAACACCCCAAGGAUCUAUAUAAAAUAGAAUAUAUAAGAAUGAAUGUAAAACCCUCUUCAUCAUCAGAGUGAGGGAGUCUGCUACCAUCACUCGAAAGAGCGCAGGAUACAGGUAGCAUUUUUUAUACACACUGUAUGUGUGUCUUUCUGUGGGCGUACAUGUGUCUGUAUGUAUAUCUGUGUAUGUAUGUAUGUGUGUCUGAGUGUGUGCCUUUGUCUUUCUUUAUCGGUUUGUGUCUGUCUGGCUGUAUGUAUAUCUCUGUGUGUCUGUUUCUGUCUCUAUGUGUGUCUGUCUUUGUCUUUCUUUAUCGGUCUGUGUCUGUGUGUGUAUGUUUCUGUCUGUAAGUGUGUCUGUAUUUGUGUCAGUUUCUGUUUGUAUCUGUGUGCAUGUCUGUGUCUCCUUAUGUGUGUCUUUGUAUGUAGAAUUAGAGAAAGACAGAAAAGGGGUGAGAAGAAGGGGGGGAGGAACAGAGAGUUAAAUACGAACUAAAAAUACUGAGAAAUUGGAGAAAAAUAACAAAAUAAUGAACUAGGGGUGACUAUAGCUUGGUUGGAGAAUUGUAGCAGAUUCCCUAUUUUAGCCUAAAAUUCCCUAUUAAUAUUUCAAUUCUCAACAAUUUAGAGUCCAGUGAAUAAAAUACCAUAGUGGGUUUAAUGCUCUGGAGCCCUAUGAUACUAGUCUUUUUUAACUUGCUACUAAAGCUUUUAAAACCCAAUUUAAAACUCUAUUAGAGUUUAACCAACCACUGACUGAGCCUGAUGGGAGUUGUAUUUCACAGAAGCUAGGUAGCAAGAGCUAGAAUGUCCAUCAUUGUCUUUGAGAGUUUGUGUUUAUAUUUAUCUGUGUGUGUCAAUUUGUGUCUGUGUCUAUAUUUUUCUGUGUGUCUAUAUUUUUCUAUGUGUGUUAAUUUGUGCCUGUGUGUGUCUAAAUUUAUCUGUGUGUGAUUAAUUGUUCCUGUAUGUGUCUAUAUUUAUCCGUGUAUGUCAAUUUGUUCCUGUGUGUGUCUAUAUUUAUCUGUGUGUGUCAAUUUGUGUCUUUGUGUGUGUCAAUUUGUGUCUUUGUGUGUGUCUGUUUUUCUCUGUGUGUCUAUAUUUUUGUGUGUGUGUUAAUUUGUGCCUGUGUGAGUCUAUAUUUAUCUGUGUAUGUGUGUUUCUAUAUUUAUCUGCGUGUGUUGAUUUGUUCCUGUGUGUCUAUAUUUAUCUGUGUGUGUCUAUAUUUGUCUGCGUGUGUCUAUAUGUAUCUGUGUGUGUCUCUGUGUGUCUACAAAUAGUUGGAGCAAGUGAAAAUACUGAGGUAAUGGAAAAAGAAAGAGAAAAAUUAAUAAAAUGAUGCUGUGUGGAGGGAACAGGUAGAAACAUUCAUACAUAAUGCUUAUAUCUGUGUUUAAUAUAUAUAUAAAUAUAUAUAUAUAUAUAUAUAUAUAGAGAGAGAGAGAGAGAGAGAGAGAAACUAAUGCAACAAUGGACAAAGAUAACAGAGAAGUGAUAAAGAAUGGGAAAUAAAUGAGAUCGAGAUAGAGUGAGAUAUUUCAGGUAAUAAAAGAAUUAUUAAAGUGUUACUCCAACCCUUAUAAUUAUAUAUAUAUUUGUGUUCGGGGCAUUCUCAUAUCAUAUAGAAUAAGAUGGGUUGUAGAGAUGUAGCUUUAGGAAUAGUCGGUUGAGGUGUGCCGAAACCGACGUAUGCUGUAGGCCGGUAAAAAGUGGGCUUACAUAGAGGAAAUAUGAACAAUGGGAGUGGAGGGUGGGGCUAUUCGUCUGACCAACAAAGGUAAGUAGGGAAAGGGGGGAGUCCCUUUUAUAGGUCUAUAGCCCCUCCCACAACUUCAGGCCAUGCCUUCCAAUUUGUGUUCGGGGCAUUCUCAUAUGAUAUAGAAUAAGAUGGGUUGUAGAGAUGUAGCUUUAGGAAUAGUCGGUUGAGGUGUGCCGAAACCGACGUAUGCUGUAGGCCGGUAAAAAGUGGGCUUACAUAGAGGAAAUAUGAACAAUGGGAGUGGAGGGUGGGGCUAUUCACCUGACCAACAAAGGUAAGUAGGGAAAUGGGGGAGUCCCUUUUAUAGGUCUAUAGCCCUUCCCACAACUUCAGGUCAUGCCUUCCAAUUUGUGUUCGGGGCAUUCUCAUAUGAUUUCGAAUAAGAUGGGUUGUAGAGAUGUAGCUUUAGGAAUAAUCAGUUGAGGUGUGCCGAAACCGACGUAUGCUGUAGGCUGGUAAAAAGUGGGCAAAAAGAGACAUAUUAAUGCAAAACAUUAUACAGGAUCAUAGUGCAUUUGUUAACCAUCAGGUAGACAUUUUAAUGAAAGCUUCCUAAUUCCUGAAUCAGCUGCUGUAUGUAAGUCGCAUAAGCCUAUGAUUCCCCGUUUUCUUAUUGCCAGUUGAAAAAGCCCUGUGUGGUGAAACGCGUUUUGGCUAUUUUAUACAUAUCUUUUAUUAUCUAUUAAUAAAGUAUUAUUGGCCUAUUAUUCACCUUUUAUACAUUACUUAUUAUCUUUUAUUUUAUUUAUUUACUUAUUAUUUCCUGGACCUGGUUACUACUAUUUUAUAUACAAGAAUCCUAGGUGGGGAUGAUACCACCUACGCUAUACUAGUGAGCAGUAUCUCCUGCUCACUUAAAUGUGAGUAUUUUAUACACAUUUUACCUUUCUUAAGUAUCUAUUCAUACAGUGAGCACUAUUCUGUGUUAUCCUCUUCUUUCCCGAGAAUCUCGGCCACGGAUUCAUGUCUACAUCCCACCAGUGGGGGACCAGUACCACUGAAUGCAACAUACACCUGAGCUAGUUUUAGCUCUAAUAUCACACCAGUACCACUGAAUGCGACAUACACCUGAGCUAGUUUUAGCUCUAAUAUAGGGCUUUUUACUCUGUAUUCCUAUAAAGAAGCGGAAAAGACUAUCUAUACCAUUGGAGCUUUUAUUUUGUUCUCUUUUGCAUAUUGGCACCUGGAACAAGACGUCAUAUCCAUUUCCUUUAUUCUACAAGGACUGUUUCUUUCCCUCAAGCGGACUUGACCAUCCUUUGCUUAUUUUAGGACUUUUUCAUCUAUUUCUCUUUGUAUGUACUGCUAUUUGUAAGUACUUACUACAUCAUUUACAUGUACUGUUUUAUAUAUUAAGAUUUUUAUUUUUACCGUUUGUUGUAUUACUAUAUUUUGAUUUUGUUAUAUCUAUUUUUUGGCGCGACCUAAUACUUCCUUAUGAUUCCCCGUGUCUUAACGUGUGCGGGGAUGUCUUGGCUAUAGGCUGUGGAGGCUGCUCCUAUCCUAAAGGAGUGCCCUGAGUAGUCGCUAGGGUUUAGUUCGAGCCCGGUGAAUGAGUAGGUGGACAUAGUGCAUGAACUUACCUGUGGUAAGGACAGUAUCAUACAGAGACAGUAAUGGUUCAGUGGUGCGUAUGGUGGCGUGCCCAAGAACGCAACCAGUACCUUAACCGGGCACCCAGCAUUGCUUGUAAGGUAGUAGGUUAUAUGCACUGGCUCGCCCAUCUGACUCGUCUUAGUUUUAGGAAGGGACUGGACAUAGUGGUCUGUGUGUUUUAGAAGAUAAGAGGUCAACAGGCACUGUUGUAUAUGAUGUUGGCCACUGAUAGUGAGUUAUUUUUUGGCCGUUAAGGCUAGAUAGGUAGCAGUUUUGAUAACUGCAUUGGUGCGUGGCUUGGAAGGUGCAUGGUCAAGUAAUUCUGACAUGGUUUGAACAUUGUAUGUCUAUGGCCAGUAUUUAGUUUUAGCGGGAACGUCCGCUUGGCUAUGUCUCUAAGUAAGGUAUGCAUGGGGUAGGAGGAUAGGAACCCUUGUUGUUUGGGAAGGAGAAAUACGUAUAGUGUUGAAUGCCCGUGAGAUAAGUUUAACUGUGUUGUGCGAGAAUUUUUAACUUAAGGUGGCAAAAAGAGGCGAAGGCCAUAAGUGGUGAAACCUCAAACCAGCUAUCUAAGUGAUGGUCCGACAUGAAACGUAUUGUAUAAGUGAAAAACCCUGUAGCAAGCGUGUUAAGUGCUGCUGGACAAGGCCAGUUUUGUCAGAGCCCGGCUAUGUUGGCGAGGUUCCUGUAAUCCAUGACCUUGACCAUAAAUGACCCCCCUGCCAUGGCGGCUGACACGGCAGCUGCCAUAAUAGUUUACCAUUACGUGUGGAUAAGAAAGUCCACCAUAUGUGUAGGUCUGCCGUGUAUACAGUCCAUAGAAUAUUAUCUCGUUUACACAAAACCCAGUCUAAGAAAUUAAUAGAACCUAGUCUUAGGGAUGAAAAUAUAUUUUUCAUGGUUGAAUGUUUUAUAGUAUACAGUCUUACAUAUCUCAUUUACACACAACCCGAUCUAAGGGAUAAAUAGAUAUUUCCGUGGUUGGAUGAUUUAUCGUAUACAGUCUAACGUAUAAUCUCGUUUACACAGAACCCAGUCUAAGAAAUAAAUAGAUAUUUCCGUGGUUGGAUGUUUUAUAGUAUACAUUCUAACAUGUUAUCUUAUUUAGACACAACCCGAUCUAUGGGAUAAAUAGAUAUUUCCGUGGUUGGAUGUUUUAUAUUAUACAGUCUAUAACAUAUUAUCUCUUUUACACAGAACCCAGUCUUAGGGAUGAAAAUAUUUUUUCCAUGGUUGAAUGUUUUAUAGUACACAUUCUUACAUAUUUUAUUAACACACAACCCGAUCUAAGGGCUAAAUAUAUAUUUCCGUGGUUGGAUUAUUUAUAGUAUACAGUCCAUAACAUAUAAUCUCGUUUACGCAGAACCCGGUCUAAGAAAUGAAUAGAUAUUUCCGUGGUUGGAUGUUUUAUAGUAUAUAUUCUAACAUAUUAUCUUGUUUACACAGAACACGGUCUAAGGGAUCAAUAGAUAUUUCCUUGUUUGGAUGUUUUAUAGCAUGACGUCUAACAUAUUAUCUUGUUUACACAGGUGAAGUGGAUAUUGUAUAGAAGGCGAUAGCGUCGUGGACAAGCUAAACAUGUAUCGCUGCACAAUAUUUGUGCUUCUACUGAUCAGUAAGUCUGGUUUUAUUGGGAAUAUUGUCUGAUCUAUUAAUGUGACCUUUUGAUUACUAGGUAAUAGGCAUUUUUACCAUUCAGGUGGUGUCCUCUUUAGGUUCCUAAUAACCAGUGGAACCGCUUGUGAAGAUGGAGAGAUCACUGCUUGUGUGGAACUGACGUGGCAUUUUAUUAUAAUUUAUACAAUAUUUCAGCCUAGAGCAAUGGCUGUUUUAUAUUUUUUGCCAUUCUCUCGCUAUUUGUGGUGUUUGGAGCAAACUAUGCACACACCUCAUUGCAGAAUUCUUUGAUGUCAUUUUGACAAAUCAUUAAGUGAAAGAGACUUUACCUGUUACAACGUUAGACUGUAGGAGGAUGUUCUAGUGAUACAUAUAGAAUGCAUUUGAUCUUUAUAUGGUUUUAUAGAUGACACGAUAUUUAAUUUCUUUACCGAUUCUGACCUUUGGAUUAUACAUCAUUAAAUCAGAGCUGCGGGUUCUGACCUUGUAUUCGUCUCAGAGAUUUGGGAUCUUUGAAAGCAGAAACUGUCAUUCAAUGUACUUACCCCCAGCCAGUGGCCACCCUCCCCUGCCUGUCCCAUUUAAGAGAUAUUUCACAAUAUGAAUGAUUUGUACGAUUCCUGCAGUAAUACUGUAGUCCCAUGUAGCUAGGGCACAGCUAAGCGGAAAAGGGCCUUGACAGGGGUUAGGAGGCGGGCAUAGCAGGAAGUAAGCAAGGAAUGGAGUUAAGGGUAAGUAGGUUUGGCUAUUUAAAUAGGCAGCCAUUUUAGGUGAGUCAUUUCUAAUUUCCUACCUGGUCGAGUUUGUCCCACCCACCCUCCCUGGUGUUUUUUGUUCAUGUGUAGGGGUUAUUCCGUUUUUUCACAGCGGUGGGAUAGGGAGCUAAAGGAGAAGAAAUGGGCUCCCCAGGAUGAACGUGAUGGAAAACAAAAAAGUUUUGGGCAUCGGUGGUUGAUAGGUUUCGAGUCCUGUCGGUGGCUCGGAACCUGCUGGGGUAGGGCAUCCGGGUAUAGCCAUGCCAUGGUUAAUGGAUGUAAUGUAUGGUUGGCACUUUAAGUUGGUAUGUUGGGAUAAUGUUGGUGUAUGAUAUAUAUAUAAAUGUGUUAUUUACAUGAGGGUCAUUGCCUUUUAUAUAAACAGAAGGAGUCAGAUGCGAGGGCGGAGUAUGGGGGGCAAUGACCCAUGUUCUACUUGUUAAGUUAUUAUUAUUAUUAUUGUUAUUAUUAUUAUAAUUAUUAGAAUGGUUAUUACUUAAGAUUGUUUAAUAAGGCUGUGGACAAAUUUUCCCAUAUACCCAGUGUCUGUGCGUUAUUGGGUUAGGUAUGUGGGGUGAUUGUCCUGGAUUCCGACUGCCCAGAUGGCGACUAUACACCAGUCAAGCAUCCAACACCGAUCCCAUUUAUAUCAGCCGGUCAUCACAUAGUAUUCACAUGUUUGUUGGUUUAAUAUAGAUUUUACAGUUUGUGUUUUACUAAUUAUGGUUAUGGUUUAAUUAACUUUCCUUUGCACAUUAACUAUAGACACUGUAAAAUCAUCAAAUCCUCUGUUUUUGUAAAAUGCUGAUUCAUUUAUCUAAUUUUUUAUCAGAUAUUUCUUGGAUAAAUUCAACAACUUCCACAGGUAUGUAUGAUGUACCACCUACUGGCUCACAUAUUCCAACUGUAACCUUUUACAGCAUUACUCUAUUUAUUAUUAUUAUUAAAAUGCUUCCUCUGGGAGCCAGGAAGAGGUUAUCAUCUUAGACAAGUUCCGUCUGUCUGUUGAAUCUACCAUUUGUCAUUGAUUGAUACGUUUACUCGUACAUUAUUCCAGUAAAAAGGCUCAAAAUGCACAUGUCUUAAUAUUGCAGCUAUAUCAAUGUAAGGUCUUAAAAUGAACCAUUUAAUGGCAUAACAGACCAAUGGUUGCAGAACACUUGUAAUAUUAGACUGUUGCUUUUUCUUUAAAUUAAAUAUGCUACAAUGUGCAUUUGUGUCUGAGAUAAUGUACUAAAAGGCUCAGUAAUUUUGGCCAAUUUCUUUCAGGUGACAUCUGGGGUGACUUAUGAUAAGUAACACUUCCUAUCACCAAACAAAUAGGCUCAAAACAAAUAAAAUGGCUUAAACUUACAUUGAACCAGUGCCGAGGCCAAGUUGACCCCACAGCCCUGACAUCCUCUGAUGAUGUCAGUCACCCUUGCUUGAGGGAGACAGACAUCAUGGAGAGUGGGCUAAGAGAAGCACAUGGGCGGCACAGGGGGAGAGGGGGAGGUUCUGUGUUGCUAUUGGUUGUCUGUCACCAACAUGUUGUGAGUUCUGAUGAAAAGAUGCCAAACAUGCACAGGAUUAACAUUAUCCAGGCUGGAACUCUUGUUAUGGACUGGCUAAUGGCACCCCAAGGAUUGGUACAUCUCCAGAAGCAGAGGGUUAAACUCAUAGACAUCAGUUAGUCAUCACAUUGUCUGCUGCUAGUUAAGGCAGGUGGUAGUUAGUAAGAAUAUGUUACUUUACAUUAAAAUAUAUUUUUAUUUUGGAAGGUAGAAUAUUAUAGGGGAGGUUUCACAGGUACAUUCACACUCUAUAACCAUUUUCUUGCAGACGGUAUAAAUUCUUACAAUGAGAUAACACAGAAAAUGUAUAGUAACAGCACAUUCUUCACAUAACACAGAUAUUUAAUUAAUCUGUCCGAUAGAUGGCUUUCUUUAAAUGACGCACAAAUAUGUUAUCUAUUUAAUAUUUUGAUGAUUUUGAGUCACUGCCCCUGACACACUAAGCUCGCCACUAUUACCGUAUUCUGUAAUGUGUUCCGGUUUGAAUUUCUGUUUCUUCCAAUUGGGGUGUUUCUAGAUAACAUAGUGUUGAUAAAAAUCUAUUUUAGUAAUGUGUUUAGAAAGGUAGCGAAACACGUAAGGCAUCAGUCAUAUUGUGUUUAGUGGGGAGUUAUCAAUAUGUUAUUGGUGAAACAAUAUUACACAACAGUUUAAUAUCCCAGUACUUGUAUUGGAAAUUAAUAAAUACAAUAUAUUCUCUCAUCAGAUCUUUUCUAUCCAUAUGGAUCAGCCCUCGACACAAUCUGUCAAAAAAUAGACGAUGGAUCAUCACCAAUAAUAUAUUCCACCACCCCAAUACCACUGUUUGGCAGGUUGUACUCUUUUCUAUAUGUGAGUACAGUAUUUCUUUACUAUAUUGAUACUGAACAAGCCUUCUGUGAGCCACUAGUAUUACAGAUGAAUAUAACAGUUAAAUUAUAAAUUGCCCUCUCUCAAAAAGCCACUGGUAACAAAUACAACGUAUACAAAGUAUAUGAAAUUUCAUUUGUUGUUUUUUUUUUGUAAUUUGUAGAGUUUCUGAUUUUUUUUUACUACUUUCUCUUACGUCCUCUGAUACAUAUUUCUUUUGACUCUAUGCACUUCACAAAAGUCUCAGACUAUGUAAAGUCACUAUACAAGGUGACGAUCUUAAAUGUCUUAAAUUUCAGUUAAUCUAAUCAUUCCAGCUGUUUUACUUCUGAUGCACAGUAUAUAAUACAGAAAUACAGUAAAUAUGGUCAUUACAUAAAUAGAAUUAACAUGACAAACAAUUGGUGAACUCUGCAGGCAAGCAAGAAUACAUUAGUAAAAUAUAAUUUAACAUAAUAAAAUAUACAUCAUCAUUGCCCCAGGAGGAAAUCAAGGAAAGAUUUGUGUAGAUUGUGGAAUGUCUUGUCCAACAGCCCAACUGGAGACAUCUCUCACACAAAAAAUAUUAAUUCUAUUUUUAAAAUCACUCCUGAAAAUAUGGGAAUGGGAGUUUCGAUAAACAAAAAGACCUUUCUCUGCAUUGAAAACAGUCAAUCAAAGCAAUGUAUGGCCAGUUCUCCAGGAAGGUUCUACCAAAAUUGGUAACAUUAAGAAAAAAGAUACAAAAAUGAACUCAAACUAAGCCCUGAAAGUCCCCCGGUUGUCAUAAUUUCAAGUACUAAGGGACUCAACUGCAGAUAAAUAAGGUGAACGUGGAUAAAUUCAAGGCCAGAGCUAAUUACACUCAUUGGAGGAUUUUAUAUGUAUGUUAGUAUGAUAACAAUAUACCUUGUUAUGGAUAUUGUAAAGCAGAGAUAUUUGUUCUAAUGGGAGAUGCAGUUCAAAAUAGAUGAAGAGACUAUUUGUGCAGGUAGUGCUUGAGGCUGGAAAAUAGAAGUCCACAUUGAAGGCAGACAUAUUACUGGACUUGUCAAAAACUUCAAAUCAGUGAGCCGAGUUAUGGCAUAGUCUGGAUAACAGGAAUUGGAGAGUUCAGGAGAAAUGUUUUAAGUAGAGGUCUGGUACACAGAGAUUCAAUCACAGAGAUCUUGAUGGUAACUUUGUAUCACAAGCAAAGCAAAAUCACUGAGCGAUACAAAGUUGCUGUGGCUUCCCUUUAAUGUGGCUGCAAACCGCAUCAUCCCACGGAGGCAGAGUUCCAUCAUCGAGGAGCAGACCUGGAAGAGGCAUUGGGGAAAUCGGAGGUGCAGUAAGUUAUGAUACCAGUAUACAAGGCAGAGAAUUUCCAAAACCCAGCAAACUAUUCUCAAUAUCUAAAUACUAAAUACUGUAUAUAAACAGUGAUAACAACUGAACAUUAUUUUAUCUUCAUUUAUUGACAGGUAAAUCAUAACGGAUUGGUGUCAUUCAGUGAACCAAUUAGUCAGUUUACACCAAGCAUAAUUCCUAUGGCUACCUGGAACCCCUAUUUAGCCCCUUUCUGGGGAGAUGUGGAUAACAGAUUAACAGGAGACAUAUAUUACCGUCAGAGCAUGGAUUCAAGCCUCCAAGCACGGGCCACUUCCGACAUCAGAGCCUACUUCAAUUCUUCAAGUUUCACUUCUCGAUGGGUGUUCGUGGCCACGUGGGACAGAGUCGCAUAUUAUGGAUCUGUUGUCAGUCAGGUAUAGCUUCUCCUUAAAAAACAAUAAAUAGUUCAUUACUGGUUUAACAUCAACAAGUGAUUUUUUUUUUUUUUUUAAUGGUUUCUGUUACACUGUGGCCUUGUUUUAACAUCUCAUCCCAUUUUGCGUCUCUGUGUCACAUACAAUAUCCCUCCCACCCCAAUCACGCAUCGCUCCCACAUAAUGGUCACAAAUUAACAAUGCUUCCACAAUUCGUAAUAUCUUAAUUCUCCAGCCAUCACAUCCAGUGACUCUUGUCUCAGCUACCCAUAAUAACAUUCAGAUUGCCAGCUCAUGCUUCUAUGAAAACACUGUAAAUGCAGACCUUUCCCUAUGUAUUCCACAGUGGAAACAAUUGUUAGCAUUCUGUUACGUACUCCUGAUAAGAUCGCUAUUUAAAGAUAGUUAAAGUGAAAAAAACUAAAAAAAUUUGCUAAACCGAACUUAUUGAUUGUAGCAACAGACGAACACUUUCCAAGUAGUUCUGACCACCGAUGGGAAUGCCACAUUUGUUCUGUUCAACUAUGGGACCAUCCAGUGGACAACAGGUACAGCCAGUGGGGGAGUGAGUGGACUUGGAGGAACCCCAGCUUUGGUAAGUAUGGAGAGAUAAAUAAAAUCUUACCUAACAGCCAACUGAUAUGGACGAAAUGUUGAUAUAAAAUUGCUGUGUGUCUGCUUUCAAUAAAUAAAAGGAUAUUCUAAACCUUUCUAAAGUCAGAAAAUCAAUCUGAUUUAUAUCCAUUUACAGAUAAUGUUCUGUUUUAUUGUGUUGUUCAUUCUCUACAGGUUGGUGUAUACAGUGGAAACGUAAGCAGUUUCUAUACUCUACCAGGUUCAAUGACCUCGGACAUCCUCAAUGUGACGUCAACAAGCAAUGUCCAAGUGCCCGGUCGUUGGGCUUUAGAAAUAGACAAAUACAACCCAGAAUUUACUGUGCAUGAAUCACCAGGUAAUUUCAGGAUAUAAUAUUAAUUCCUUUUAUAUAUAUAUAUAUAUAUAUAUAUAUAUAUAUAAACUAACUGAACAAGUUCUUCAGUUCCCUAUAGGACAUUUUCAUUGUUUAUACGAUUUGGAGAUUCAUUUCGUUUUGCACUGCAAUUCAUCCAAAUUUGUGCCAAUCAGGUGAUCAGUUGAAUUCCCGACAUCUGAGCCAGAAUGUACCCAAAUUACAAACCAAACAAACUGCACAAUGGCUGAACAUGCUCCCUUUCACUCAUGAGUUUGAAUUCCAUCCAUGGCACCAAAAAUAGAGAUUAUUGAUAAUAAAAAAAAAAAAAAGGUGAUGAUAGGUACAGGACAGUCACUAAACGUUGAUUUUAUUCACAGAUCAGGUGAGCAAUAGAAGGGGAAAGGAGAAACAGUAAAAUAGUUAUACAACUACUGUAUAAUCAAAAUUAUUCAACCCCAAUUGAAAAGUGGGUUUAUUGUCAAAAUGUACAGACUUUCAUUUGUUUGUAAUGAACAAAUCAUACAAAAUCAAUAGAAAUAGCUCAACACAACAAUUCCUUUAAGUGGUUUCCCUAAAUUCAACUGAAAAUGCUACUUAUACUGAUUUCUCCAAUCUCAAAAAAUAUUCAACCCUUGAAUAGAAUCCCUCACACCAGCACAAAAAUGCAAAACAGAUAUUGUCUUAAGCAUGCUGAUGCAACUAAUCAAGGGCUUCCCUAACUGCACCAAGUGUGCUUGAGCUGGAACACGUGCAAUCCAUGAAUGAGGGGUUUGUUGAGUGUCACGUUUCACUACAUGUUAGAAUCAUGGAUAAGUCAAAAGAAUGGUCCACAAAGUUAAGAGAAGAGAUCCUCACCCUUCACAAACGAUAAACAGGAUCCAAAAAGAUAGCAAAAGCACUAAAGGUUCCUAGAGACACCGCUUGAAGCAUAGUUUGCAAGUUCAAAGUCGAAGGAACAGUGGUUACACUAUCUAGACUGGGCAGAAAAAGGAAGCUACCAAAUUUCUGAGAAGGCAUGUUGUGAAGGCGUGCCUAAUAUCGGAGUACUUAAAGGGAGAGAGGGUUGUAAUAUGUAGGAGAUGUGCUGAUGAUGUUGGGGGCAUACCUCUCCUUCUCCCUAUAUAUAUAUAUGUGCCAGUCGCCCAGUCCUCUUUUCUCAGUUGUACUGUGCUCUCCUCAGUACUACUCCAAUGUUAUUCCUAGUACCUUUGUUACCUGACCUUUCUGCCUGUAUACCUGUAUAUGAACCUGUACUAACUGGAGGAACCUUCUGCUAUUCUGACAACGUCUUUGCCUUGCCCCUGUUGGUAUCUCGUUUUGGUUGAACAAGCAUUGUACCCUGGUACACCGUCUGUAUUACAAAUAGGAAACACAACCCGCCGGGGUCUUCUGCACAAUGCUCUGUACCCCCCCCCCCCAACACCAGGGGCAUGGAGGGUAGCCUUACUACUGGCUUCACCGGCAUUUCCCUGGGGGGCAGGCCAUCAGCCAGCACGGUAGUUACUCAUGGGGGCGGAGUUCGGUCAGCACUCACUGCCGGGCACACUCCUUCAAUAGCCAACGGAGGUUUAUUCUGCCGUCAAGCGUGGUCACAACACAAGCUCUGCCUGCCUCAUUAGCAACGCAGAGGGGCGGGAACGCAUUAGGCAGUACAAAGAUCAUCACUCUCAGCCACACCAGGCCUCAUAGAGUGAGUGAUACCUCCUCAGGGGGAAAUCAACGGUUACACAUAUUGUAACCGCAUGUGGUUCCCUUAUUUACCACUAUAAUGUCUUAAAGCAUAGAACUUAGUAGGGCUAACCAUACAGAUAUCUUAGCCAUAAUUUUAUAUAGUUAGUAAGAGAUCCUCUAUUUAACAUAUCUAAAUAAUUGAGUGUGGCGAAACCGGCCUCGCAACGUGUCCUUGGAGGGGGCUGCUUGCCCGCCUAUUGCCUUUGGACUAUGGACCAGACUUUAUGUGAACGUGUUAACCCAGAUAGCUAUGCCAUGGAGCCCAUUCGUGUAGUUAAAGACUUCGGCUCCAUGGCAAUUGAACUGUGUGAAUAGGAUCUGAGCGCUAUUCAGUAGUUUUGUGCGCUCAGAUCCCAGCUAUCUGGGAAUAUGUGACAUGUCUGUGUUUUAUGUAUAAAAUGUGACUUUGUGUAUUUUAUAAUAUUUUAAUGCUUUGUGCUCACCAUGUGCAUAAUGGAGUCUUGUGUCUGUCCUAGGAGAUAAUUGAACUUAUCUCCAGGAUAGAAGACUCUGAAACUGGUUUGGGCCGGAAAGCCAUGCUUCAUUUAGUCACAAAGGACUUUCCCUUAACUUUUGAACCCCUGGUCUGAUUCGUGCCAUUUUUUAAUAUGUUGUUCCCCUGAAUGGAUUGAUUAUGAAAAUGUAUGUUUUAUGUUUGUGACAUGUAUAUUUUAGAAGUUAUAAAUAUUGUGUAAAAACUGUAUUCCUCUGCCGGUGAUAAUGAGAUUACCCAUUGUGUUCAGUAAUCAUAUCACAGGCAGAGGGGAGGAUUUUGUGUGGGAGUGUCUGGGUGUAUUGUACGGAUUGAUUGGUUGUUUUGUAACACCCUGUGGGCUGUACUAUGGUUGUGGAUUGGGAAUAAAAGAGACUGUAUGUGACAGUACAGGGAGUUCCUGCUUAACCCUCAAAGUGAAGUGUCGUCUCAUUAUUGGGGGAAGGAUUUAUUGUAUGCUGUUCUAGUUUGACUGCUAGGAGAGUAAACCUAUUCGUAUGGUUCCUAUUCAACUGUCUACAGCAUUCAAAUGCUUGGAAGAAUUUAUUUGUUUCUCCGGUUCGGUGAUUGUGGUGUCUGCCAGAGUGCUUGGAGUCCUCAGGAAACGCUAGGAGCAUCCUUCAACGGAGAUACCCAGUCGGGGUGCCAGGCGAUCCGUUACAUUGAGAAUACAAUAUAAAAUAAGGAUUGUCUUGGAAGCAAUAGUUUUGUCUUUUUGGAUAUUUAUUAUAUCAAAAUAUAAAUAUAAAAACCAUUAUAGCAGAGUUUAUAAGAUUAAAUUACAUGCUUGCAAAUAUCAUUAAUAGGUUAACAUACCCUUCUGAACAUGUCAUCAUGUCAGCCUCUCAUUUUAAGAUGGAGCAGCGUCUGUCUCCAAGUCUCUCCUCUGUGUCUUAACAUUUAAAAGUACACCUAUUUAUACCUUAGGGUUACCGUAGUUCAUUUACUUUAUUCAUUUUAGGACCUCCCUUAAUUUGGCAAACAUGCAAGGCCAUAACUAAAGGGUGCAUACGUCAUGGAAAUUUUCCUGCCUUAGUUCAAGAUGGCAUCUUAAAGUCUGAAUAGGUUAUCUGUUGUUUAUACGAAGUCGUAAGUGCGCAGUCGUGGGAGAUUCUCGGAUUUGGGGAAGUUCCAUUAACUUGGGGUUACCACAGUAUAUUGUGUACUGCAAGAGUCGUAGCAUAGCCUUGAAGCUUGUUUAUGCAUUAUUGUUAUUGUAAUUCGUUCGGGACAAAAUGGCGCAAACAUAUUAUGCACUGAGGUUAUUGCUUAAAGAAACAGUUAUGAAAAACAAUAUGUUCCAUUUCUAACACCUUGUCAAUUUGCAGUAUCUCUUAAAGACAAAGUACACAGUUUAAGAAAUACAACAUAUCACUCUAAAACUUGAAAUAUUUGCAUUUGCCCAUAACAAUAUGAACACAUCAUUUUCAUACUUAGAAAUUGCUCAUGUUAUUUGCACAUUAUGGUCAAUAUAGGUUAUCCUCUGUGUCAUGUUUUCUAGUCUUUGUUACAAACUUUGCUUUUUCAAACAAGUCCAGAUAUCUUACAACGGGUGAUCAGGUUUAAGUGCAGCACAACGCCACCUGGUGGCCUUGUUACACACAGCCUAUAAUAAACAAUCACUGUUUCUAUGUAUUCUAUGUUAGAAUUCCAUUGCUAUGUCUUAAUUUACAUAUUUCUUAAAGACUGUUAGCACUUUCAGGCAGUAUGGAGAAUACGUUUUCCCGGUUGGAUUUCAGUUGACUAUUUAUAACAGUAUUGUGUCAUUCUGAUCUAUAGGUCUGCUUUCGUGUUUAUAGAUCUAGUCAGAGCUCAAGAAGUGUUUUGUUGCUUUCUAACUGGUACGUGUAUUAAGUAACAGUUACAAGUUUCUUAAAUCAUAGCUGACGGGCAUUCUCCCCAAGGGGGGCAUUUAGCUGUAUAUGUUAACUCAGUAUUUGUCAUUUUGAUCUCUAGGUCUGCUUUUGUGACAGAGGUCAAGAGUGUUGUGUUUCCUACCAAUUGGUACGUGCAUUAUAGGUAACAGUCAUGCGUUUCGUUACUCAGACAUAGUACUGCAAUUCAGUGAGCAGAAGCAUAAAUGCACUCAAGGUACAAACGGUACUGAGCAGACAUUUAUGAACCUACUAUGACUUUAUUCUCACAUGUGUUACAGACUCAAGGCUCCAAACUUAGACAAUCUUGGCUCAUCAAGCUCAUAGAUCGUAUGUGCCAAGCUAGGACAAGCUUGACACACCACCUAAAGGUCAUAGGUGGGUAGAUCAUAGUGGAUUUAAACAAUACGGUUCUGGGGGAUAUUCAGCAGGUUGGAGUAUCAUGCAAACUUACAUACUUACCACCUUCCUUUUAUUCUGUUAUCUACCCAGCUUGGUUUAGGCCUCCCUCCUUAGCAGGAUUUCAGACUACCGCUGGGCAGAGCCAAGCAUACAUUGUUCAACAGGUAUGUUGCUCCCGCUUCUUUACUCAGCCAUAUACUUGGCUUUCUACGGCUUCCUCAGACCACGAGAGUUCACUAUCACGGGGCAACACGAUGGUCAAAAUUGCCUUUGCACGUCAUACCUUAACAAGCAACAACACCAUCAUGUGCUGAGCUUACCCACAACUUAGACUAGUCAGAUGGGUCAAACCGUCCAUUACUACCCCACCGACAAUUACUAACCCAUCGACAAUUCAUGGUGCCUGGUAAAUGUUUUCGACGCAUACCUACUUUCAGCACCCACUCACGCCUCACUCCCUCUCCUGUCACUUCACAGGGCUACCCUCACCACGUCUAAAUUCAUGGUAUAUAUACGACUAUUGUUGACACAACUAUUGCUUGAACGCCAACAAAUAUUCAGGGCACUCAUUCAGGAUAGCCAAGACAUUCCGGUACAUGUGAUCAAAACAUUAGGUCAUCAGCCUAUGCUGUUUAUAUACCUCAACCAGUAAAGGAGAUAAGAAAGGCAUUUGUUAAGAUGUCCUCAUAGAUAUGUUGGUAUGAUGUCAUGUGGUUUCAUAAUAAAUAUCUUUUUGAGCAAGAUUGGUAUUCCUUUUGCCCACUUAUUUACAUUACCUGGCCCACCCUCCACUCCCUCUAUUCAACUCUAUCUAAGGUAGGCCCACUUAUUUACAGGCCUACCACAUACGUCGGUAUCGGCACACCUCAACCAACUUUGCUUAUUAAAGGUAGAUGACUUAAUCUCUAUUUCAGUUCCAUUACUGAAAUGGCCCUGAACACAACUAAUAUAUAUCUAUAUCUAAUUUAAAAAAUACAAUGUGUGUUUGUGAUAAGAGUAACAGGUUAUACUUGGGGGACCGUGUUAUAAAUUAUUGAGUAUUUUAACAUAGAUCAUAUUUUGUGCCAUUUUUUUUCAGGUGGCUCAUGGGUAAAUUCUUCAGUAGAUGUUACAAAUGCCACAGGAAAUGUUUCCACAACUACCACGACUUCAUCUACAACUACCACGACUCCAACUACAACAACUACAACUACCACAACUCUAGAUACAACUACCACUACUCUAGAUACAAUGACCACGGCUCUAGCUACAACUACCACAGAUCUAGUUACAACUACAAUGAUUCUAGAUACAACUACCACGACUCUAGAUAUAACCACCACGACUUUAGAUACAACUACCACGACUCCAGCUACUACUACCACGACUCUUGAUACAACUACCACAGAUCUAGUUACAACUACAAUGAUUCUAGAUACAACUACCACGACUCUAGAUAUAACCACCACGACUUUAGAUACAACUACCACGACUCCAGCUACUACUACCACGACUCUUGAUACAACUACCACAGAUCUAGUUACAACUACAAUGAUUCUAGAUACAACUACCACGACUCUAGAUAUAACCACCACGACUUUAGAUACAACUACCACGACUCCAGCUACUACUACCACGACUCUUGAUACAACUACCACAGAUCUAGUACAACUACAAUGA